UUCUAUAAAAUAUUACUUUAAAAUAAGAAAUAUAUAACUUAACUUUAUUAAAAACAUAAUUUUACAAUGCCAAAAGUAAGAAGAUCGCGUAAACCACCACCAGAUGGUUGGGAAUUAAUUGAACCUACUUUGGAAGAAUUGGAACAGAAAAUGCGUGAAGCCGAAACUGAACCUCAUGAAGGCAAACGUAUUACGGAAUCAUUGUGGCCCAUUUUCAAAAUACAUCAUCAAAAGUCACGUUAUAUUUACGAUUUAUUCUAUCGCCGCAAGGCCAUUAGUCGUGAACUGUAUGACUACUGCCUAAAAGAAAAAAUUGCCGAUGCCAAUCUUAUUGCUAAAUGGAAGAAAUCCGGUUACGAGAAUCUUUGUUGUCUCCGCUGCAUACAGACGAGAGAUACAAAUUUUGGUACAAAUUGCAUCUGCCGUGUACCCAAAUCUAAGUUAGAAGAGGGACGUAUCGUGGAAUGUGUUCAUUGUGGAUGUAGAGGUUGCUCUGGCUAAAAUUGUGUAUUUGCAAAAAGCUGUAUCAGGAUGUUUUUUUAUUAGUAGUAGCGUAGGCUGUAUAGCAUUUAGUUAAUAAAAUUUUCCACAAUUUCUUAUUACAUACAGUAAAUAAAAGAUAAUUUUAAUAAAAAGUAACAAUUUGCAGAAAAAA